CUUGAGUGUGAAUCUCCGCUGGUGAGCAACAGCACUGGUGUGGGGUGACCCUUUGUUUUUUCAGUUCGACCGUGAUCGACCGUUUUGUCUGACCGCACGCCUUCCGUCUGAGAGAGACGACGACCGUGCUGAAGUGUCAGCCCGAUUCGCGGACAACACGCGAGUUAAACACAACAACCAACCAACCAACCAAGCAGCGAGAGAUCCAAUGUCGUUGAGCGAGUAUGAGGUGGUGGCCACGAGUCCCGAGGCCGUACGACUUCGUGUCAUUCGUCCUGACGACAUCCCCGAGCACAGCGAGCCGCUAGAUCCGCAGGCAGUCGAGAGCGCGCGACAGAUCCUCGAUGAAGUCAAGAAGGCGGGGAGAGCGGCGGUAGUCAAGUAUGCGCUCAAGUUCGGGGACAUCGGCAGCGACAGCGAGAGGCUCAUCUACACGCGGGAGGAUCUGAAGGACGCCUAUGAGGGCCUUCCUGGUACGCAGCAAGGGCUGCUCAUGCGGGUGGCGUCGCGGAUCCGACGGUUCGCUGAAGCGCAAAGGGCUUCGGUCAAUGCAAUGCAGGUGAGAUGUUGAUAGACAAGACAAACUCAAAUGGACGCACGUUCGUUUGAUCUGCAGAUAUCCGUUCCGGGGGGCUUUGCGGGUCAGUCUGUGGUGCCCGUCGAAGCAGCAGGGUGCUAUGCGCCCGGAGGCAGAUACCCACUCCCCUCUUCUGUCCUGAUGACGGCCAUCACUGCUCGAGUGGCAGGAGUCAGCCACGUUGUGGUCGCUUCCCCUAAGCCGUCUGCCGUGACGAAAGCCACAGCAUACAUCGCUGGCGCAGAUGCAUUGCUGGGCAUUGGCGGUCCCGCAGCAAUUGGUGCGCUGACGUAUGGCGUGACCGAUCUUGGUGUCCCUCCUUGCAACGUCAUCGUGGGACCCGGCAACAAGUACGUAGCUGCGGCCAAGGGGCUGGUCAACGGCACGGUCGGCAUCGACAUGAUCGCUGGACCGUCUGAGCUGCUAGUCAUCUCUGACGAGAAGGCCGACCCGAGGUGAGGAGAAGCGAGGGCUGAGAUAUCUCCACAUGUCGUGCUCUUUGUUCCAGAGUGGUUGCGAGUGACUUGUUGGCUCAAGCAGAGCACGACACGGUUGCCCGUGUGGUGCUCGUGACGACCUGCGCCUCCCUCAUCCCGGCUGUGGAACAACAACUCACGCAACAACUGGCGGUGAGAAACAGGAAAACGCCAAGGGUGUUUCUCACCCGUGGUAGUGUCUUUCAGGUAUUGCCAACUCGCGACGUGGCCUCGGAGGCGUUGAAAAACUCCUUCUGUCUGUUGGCCGGCUCGACUGAGGAGGCCAUUGACAUCGCCGACAAGAUCGCACCGGAACACCUCGAGGUCAGGAGACGCUAUAAAGGGACACUUAGCUCAUACGUGCCUUUAAUACAGCGAGCGACUCGGUUGCGUUGUGCAGGUGGUGACAGAGGACGCCGAGGGUGUGUCUCGUCGCCUGAAGAACUACGGUGGCCUGUUCAUUGGCAACAGUGCAGCGGAGGUGCUGGGCGACUACGGCAUCGGACCCAACCACACCCUUCCCACAUCAGGGACGGCCAAGUACACAGGUGAGUGAAGUGUUCGGUGGUACACAAUUUGAUGUGGCUCUGUGUGGCUGCCUGCCUCUGCAGGUGGCCUGUCUGUCUUCAACUUUUUGCGGAUACGGACGUGGCUGAACAUUCAUGACUUGCACGACCCAACCUGCCAGCAGGCAGUCAGGUGAUGUGUAUACGGUGCAGGCGGCGCAUACCGAACAUCGAUGCGUUUCCGCUUUGCAGGGACUCAGUUGACUUGGCCGAGCUGGAGGGCCUGGUCGGCCACUCACGAUCAGCCCGAUGCCGCCUGACGAACCAGUCGUCCCUCACCCCCCCUGCACCUUCUAUCCGGGUGCAGCAGAGCGAGUCGCCUACCCCAGACACACAGGUUACUAGCGCAUCUCUCUCACAACUAGAUCACCUAGCAGACACAAACGCUGGAAAACUACAGGUAAAGCGGCAGGCAGAUUGACGCACAUCCGCACAUGAAAUGCAUGCGCAAAGAAGGGAGUCUGUGCAUCCAUGUGUGGUUGUGUCUGGUGUCAGCGCUUGAUCCGUCCGGACGUGGGCAGCUUGAUGGCCUACACCCCCGUCAAGCCCCUCGAUGUGGUGGCUGAGGAGAUAGGCGUGCCCAUCGACGACCUCUGCAAGCUAGACGCCAAUGAGAACAUAUACGGCAUACAGUCAGACGUCGUGCACCAAAUUAUGGUAAGACAGAUGCAGUUGCGUACGAUGGCUGUUGUUCCUCUGCGUUUGUCUCUCUGUUCAGGCCAGCAGUCGUGCAAUGCACAUUUAUCCCGACCCCGACCAAAAUGCACUCAGGGACAUGCUCAGCAAGUUCACAAAAAGGUAUCAGCAGAUGCAGUUCCGAGUACUCUUGCCUUCAAAUUGAUAUGUAUUGUGCACAUGCAGGCCUCGUGAGGAGAUCGUGUGUGGUGCCGGCGCUGAUGACAUGAUCGACCUGAUCAUCAGGAUAGUGCAUCCACGGAAGAUUGUCAUCCCGACACCGACAUUCCCCAUGUUCAAGUUCUUCGCACUCAUUCUUCGGUGACUUCUGAUCAAUCACGUACAACAGGCACAACCACAUCUCACUGCCAAUGCCUGUGUGCUGCAGCUGCGAGGUUGUGGAGGUCCCCCUUUCCCCCCCUCCCUCGUUCUCUCUGCCCCUGCAGCAGAUGCUCGAAGAGAUCCGGAGAGGAGCAUCGCUGGUCUUUGUCGCGUCCCCAAACAAUCCCACUGGCAAAUCUGUGGCGCGAGCGCAACUGGAGACACUACUGAAGGAGGAGUGCAUUGUCGUUGUCGACGAGGCAUACAUCGAGUUUUCCGACAAGGGUGAUGUCACUGAUAUGAUGGACAAGUGGGUCACGAGACAAUGGAUCGGUCUGAGGAAUAGAAGACCUUUCUUCGAUGCGUCCCUUGUUGUGUGCAGGUACCCGAACUUGGUGAUACUGCGCACUUUCUCAAAGUGGGGUGCAAUGGCCGGCCUGCGAUGCGGAUACGGUCUCUUCCACCCACUACUCGCGGACAGAAUCAGACAGGUCAGUGGCGAGCUCGGCAAUAUGGAUAUGAAUCGCGACAGUUGCUCUGUUGUUAUCAGAUCAAGAUCCCCUACAACGUGAGCGUCGCAGCCGAGUCAGCUGCACGGGCAUCGCUGCAGCACUUCGAGGUGCUCGCGCAGCAGAUCGACCGCAUCAAGGCCGAGCGUUACCGACUGCUGUCCAUCAUCAAGUCCUCCCCGCAGCUGCACUUCCUCCAUCCGUAUGACAGCGACACCAACUUCAUCCUCUGCAAGGUGGAUCCAGGCAGCGCAGAAGGCCUAAGGGAUCAACUGAGGAAGAGAGGCGUGCUCGUCAGGUGAGGCCGCAGAUACAGUGUCAACGGGUCGACGUUUUGUUGGUGUCCUCAGGUACUACGCGACAGGCAUGCUCAAGAACUUCAUUCGUAUCAGCUGCGGUCGACCUGAGGACACGGAUCGCCUCAUUCGUGAGCUGUGUACGCUGCCUCUAUUCGCGUCGGAAGGGGGACUGCCCCUGCCUCCACAGAUUCCCCCAAAACCACUCAAAACGACGCCCACGGGUCAGCAGAAAAUAAAGAAAGGGCAUGGGAGACGGUCACUUUCAUCUUUGUUUUUCCAGCUUUGUUGUUUGACAUGGAUGGGGUCCUUGCUGACGUGUCCCAGUCGUACAGAAAGGUUAGCAAGAUGCACUUCCUCCGCAAGUGACAGUCUCCACUCACGUGCCAAUGCUUGUCCGCUCCAGGCCACUCUCUUGGCAGCCGAGAAGUACGGGGCCAAGUGCAGCAGUGAGGACAUAGUGGCCAUGAAACGACAGGGCAACGCAAACAACGAUUGGAUACUCACGCAAAGGCUCAUCAAGUCGAAGACGGAGCGAGAGGUCAGAUCUAUUGGUGGGACGGGUAGACGUGCGAUGUCAGAUUUCCAUCGCCUGGUGCAGGUUCCUUACGAUGACGUGGUGGCAUCGUUCCAAGAGUACUACAACGUCGCCAAGGCGAGCGAGAAGUGCAUCAUCCCCUUACCUGUAUUGGAAAGCCUGAGGGCGCAAGGCACGCUGCUGGCCGUCGUCACGGGCAGACCAAGGUACACGAGGGAGGGUAGUACAUUGAUAGACGUAUGGAUGCACGGUCGGUCAUGAUGCAUCAAUCCUUAUCCUAUACCGACUCGACAGAAUGAGGUCCAUACAUUCGACACUUUGCCUGAACGAAUGACUAUGUUACACAUCAUGAAUGCCGCCACAGCCAAGAUGCAUACAGUCAAAGUUUUUUUGUGUGUUCUUUAGGACCGAGGCUGAGUAUUUUCUGAGCGAGCAUGGGCUGCGUGGGGUAUUCUCCGUCAUUGUGACAAUGGAGGACGGACCCCCCAAGCCCGACCCUGGACCCGUGCUUUUGGUGAGUCUUCGGAGGGCAGGAUGCGUUGGCGUCUGACCACGUGAUUGCAUGUAAUCUCCUUUCUCUGUAGGCCCUGGACCACCUGGGCUUGGUGUCGUCGGGCAUCGAGGGUUGGGUUGGGAUGAUCGGCGACACACCUGACGACAUCCGCAGUGCAGUGGCGGCACACAAGCACCUCCAGCAGCAGUCCUCUUGUGCGAUCGAUGUCAUGGGCAUGGGGGUGCUGACUCCUGAGGAAGCACAGAAGGACAGGUAGCCUCCGGGCGCGAGGAGGGUGACAGCACACAUGCAUGCACGUGUUUUCCAUGCUUCAGGUCGCAUCGCAUAGCUGCAACUGACUGUCUGGUUGAGGCCGGGGCAGUGCGCGUAGCCAGGACAUACGAGUAAGCACAGGAAGAAGAGGAUAGCGACUAGCUGAGAUGGUGCCAAACUGAUCCACACGUAUAUGAUAUUGCGUUGCAGUGACUUGUUGCCCUACAUUUUGCCCACCACCAGCUCCCCGCCGCUGGUUCACAGUCACGACGUCUCUGGUGCCGCCGGCUUCACUGACCGUCAGAGCAUGCGUAUCGGGGAGGUGUCGCGGACGACCAAAGAGACCAAGAUAUCCUGCCGUGUGUGCCUUGGUGGGUCGGGCAAGGCGGACGUCAACACUGGUGUGGGCUUCUUCGAUCACAUGCUGCAGCAGCUCGCCAAGCACGGACGCUUUGACAUCAGGUGAAUGAUAAAGAAGACAGCGAGACAGUGUGUGAGCACGAAGGAAAUCCUGUGUGCAGCCUCAAUUGCGCGGGUGAUCUGCACAUUGACGACCAUCACACUGUGGAGGACUGUUCGAUCGCACUCGGCACCUGCUUUGACAAGGCACUGGGUAGUCGCGGUGGCAUCAACCGGUUCGGCACGGCUUACGCGCCUCUUGACGAGAGCCUGGCACGAGCAGUGGUGGACCUGUCGGGCAGGGGACACUCGGAAGUGCACAUACCUUUCGAGCGGGAAAAGGUGCGGGAAGGAAUCGUAUCUACCCUCGCCCCACAUAUCUGCUGUUCUCCUUCGAAGGUCGGCACGUUGUCGACGGAGAUGGUGAGCCACAUUUUCUAUUCUCUGGCCAGCGCCAUGAAGGCCACCAUCCACAUCGAUCUGAUUCGGGGUGUCAACACGCACCACAAGGUAGACGGCAUGAAAUGCAACAGCCGCACCAGACGACCAUUGCCUUUGUCAUCCCAACCUUCACUAUUCCUUGCGCAGGUCGAGUGCAGCUUCAAGGCAUUCGCUCAAGCAUUGCGGACAGCCUGCUCCAUAACGAGAGCGGCAACAGACAUCCCGUCAACAAAGGGAAUGCUGUGACUUUCUAUGAAUCGUGAUGGAGUAUUGCAUGUGGAUUUGAGUAUGGGACACGAUCUAUAGCUGCAAAUGGUGUGCCUCUCGUCGUAUCGAGUCGUAUCGUUGAUGGGGGUCCCCGACUCCAUCGUGUCAGUAUCCUCUGUAGUGCCAUCAAGUAGGUUGCUCCCGGAUUGAGAGACGUUGCCGACAAAACAGGGGGAGGGGGGGACAAGGCCAUGCUGUGAACACUUUUCUGCCGCAUGUUACCAGAUUUCCUGAGUGUCUUUUAC